CUGUAGGGGCGGCCCCGGUUUCCGCCAUGUCGGGGCUCUCGGCGGAGCCGACACCGGAGCUGCUGGGCCGCUGGGAACGGGAGCAGGCCCGGCUGCGGGCCCGCGUGGUGGAGGAGGACACGGAGGGGUGGCAGAAGGAUCCGGGAUUCGCGGGACUGGAGAGAGUGGGAGGUGUGGAUCUGUCCUAUGUCAAAGGAGAGGAGACCAGAGCCUGCGCCUCACUCGUGGUGCUCAGCUUCCCCGCGCUGCAGGUGCUGUACGAGGACUGCCGGAUGGUGGCUGUGGGUGCCCCCUACCUGGCAGGAUUCUUGGCCUUCAGAGAGGUCCCUUUCCUGGUGGAAGCUCUUCAGAGACUUCAGCAGGAGCAGCCCAGUCUCAAACCUCAGGUUCUUCUUGUAGAUGGGAAUGGCCUGCUCCAUCCCAGAGGAUUUGGUGUGGCCUGUCACCUCGGAGUCCUGACAGAUCUACCAUGCAUUGGAGUGGCCAAGAAUCUCUUGCAUGUGGAUGGUUUGGCCAAGGAUGAGCUGCACAAAGAGCAGAUUCGUUCCCUGCAGAGGGAAGGAGAUUCAUUCCCCCUGACAGGCACUUCAGGGAGAGUCCUGGGCAUGGCCCUGCGUAGCCACCACAGGAGCUUUAGGCCCCUCUAUGUCUCUGUGGGUCACAGGGUGUGUCUGGGGACAGCCGUGCGUCUGGUCCAGUCCUGCUGCAGGUACCGGAUCCCGGAGCCCAUCCGCCAGGCUGAUAUGAGGUCGAGGGAGUAUAUUCGGAAGCAGCUGUGUUCACCACUGGGGGUCCUGUCUGCAGGGCCAGAGAGAAAAAAGGAGGAGGAAUUGGAUGAUUAGGCUAAUGCCAGAAGAAACUGCUGGGCCCAACCUCGCUGGAUCCUCUCCUCCCCUAAGACUGUGGUUCUGAUGAGUGCAACAGCUGAGAGCCACCCCAAGGCAGGGCCGUGUCCCUCAGGACCACUCCAGCCACUGUGCAUGGUUCUGGUGGGUAGGCAGACCAGCUUCUCUUCAAGGAUAAUGCUUCGAAGGUAUUUCUCAGGGUUGAUUUUUAAGCACUGUAAAAAUAUUUGUGUAAAUAAACACCCAGUUGUCAUUUUGCAACAA